AUGCUUGCUCUCUUGAUAACUUUUUCAGUUCCUCUAGCUCCUUUGCUGACUAUCAACAUCCUUGAAUUCCCGGAUGAGUACGUGGUGCCAGUGGGCUACAACAUAACAAUAGUUUGCACCGCCGAGCGUGCAAGGCAAUAUCUCGGAGAUCCAGAUGCCUCCCUGCCGUAUUCGGUCGAAUUCUAUUUGAAUGGCAGAAAAAAGAAUCAAUGCGGCGGUCAACGCAGCGAUAGAGAAGAAAGAAAAGUUUGCUCCUAUGUCAUCCGCAAUGCAUCAAAAAGCGAUUCUGGAGAAUACAUCUGCUGGGUUCGAAACUCCUGGGCCUGCACAUUGGGGUCUAUUCAGCUGGAAUUCAAAGGUAUAUAGCAGCUUCAUUUUAAUCUGUUCGUUCAUAAUUCUGAUAAUGUCCUAAUUUAAUUGGUACAUGCGUUGUAAAAUGCGUUUUUAAACCCCUUGUUAUCAUUGUUAUCAUUAUCAUCAUCACUAUGUAUUAUAAUUAACAAUUAAUGAAUGAGCCUGAGUAUCUUAUGAAUAAUUAUGGAGAUCGAGGAGGACGUUAUCCGUCGAGGCCGUAGGCCGCGGCGUGUAACACCCCCCGAGAUCUCCAUAAUUUUUCAUAUGAUACGAAAGCCGAAUUCAAUAACUCUUUUUUUAUUCAUUCAAAAUAAUUCCUAGUUUAAAAACAUGGCUAAAUCAUGCUUACCUCCAUCGAUGUUAAGUUCACCUUCGAUAGUGCACGUUUACGUUUAGGGAUUUUCAGCUGCGCAAAUGUUCUACAAAUAGCAGAUGUCGCCCUUCGAGUUGUGUUCUUGCUGUUCUUGCCAUGUUUUUAGCUAUAAUUUCGCCUACUUCUUACUCUUGAAACGAGUGAAAUGUCCGCCAUUUUUUUUUUUCACAAACUCAACCUCGUCCCCAGGUCAUCUCGGUUAACGGUGCCUUAGCCUGCAGGAACGCUGCAUUUUUGACGUCAUUUCCUUGUUAAACACAAAAUCCUUCCAAUUUUGGUCAUCCGUAACUGGUUAUAGUGAAUUAUGCGUGUGCUUUUAGCCAAUCAGAAUCGGGGAAAUAUUUUGAAUUUUUCAAUUCCUCUUUCGCAGGGCUUUUUCUGGGCAAAUUAACGAGAAGAAAGAAGAGACUUGAUUAGAAAACCAGGACGUAAUACCAGUUACAUUUAUUCAAUUUGAAAGGGCUGGUAGUAAUUGAAGUCCUGACAGCCUAUCCUUCCUUCGCUUUUAACUUGGUUAAGAGUAUGACUGUUUCCUCAGUUAGUGAAAUGGCAAGAAAAAAGAGACGCUAAAAAAGGCUAGCUCCUAAGUAAACCAUGACGUAGAAAAGGGCGCAAUCAUUCAACAAUUUGAACGCCUUAGGGCUGGUAACAAUUAAAGUUCUUAGUAACUAUAUAUGACUGAUACCAUGGCCCGUUACAGGUUAUAAAGCCGGGGCGCUAAUCAAGAACGUACGCGCGUUAGUUUUUAAAAAUGUGGGUUUGCUUUUGUUGUGUAUGCACUAGUAAUAUUAUGGACUGUACGAACAAAGUAUGGUGAAUCUAUGCUUACCGUUUUCCCGCAAUUACGCUUGCUUGUUACCCAUUUUCCUUUCUGGGAUACUUUUCCGUAAUUAUUUUUGGCAAAAUACGUUAGUACAAAAUAACUGCUUUACCCGCACAAAACACAAACAAAAUAAAGGGUAAGCUGGCCUAGUAAUUUGGUAAACCUUUUGUAAACUACGAUAAUCUAAACUAUUAAAAUUUCCUCUAUGAUUCAGACCCACUAUCACCAACUUUUUCUCUCGAUCUGCCUCGACAAGUUACUGUUCCCUCCACAAGCAAAUUCAACCUGACUUGCCAAGCAUCCGGAAUUCCGCUGCCAACCAUCACUUGGUUUAAGAAUGGAAGUCCCCUCCUGCAUUCUUCAAUUAGUACUAUCAAGGGUCAUUUCCUGUUACGUUUUGAGUCGAUCAAAAGAGAAGACAGAGGGGAGUACUGGUGUGAGGCGAGCAAUUUUGCUGGUUGGAAAAGGUCAUCGACUGCAACUCUCACAGGUAAAUAAUAUCAUUUUUGUUUCAAGGAUAUGUCCAGUGCUUCAGAGAAAAGAUAAGGUAGGGGCCCUCCAUAAAACUAACAAGUACUGGGUACUAUAAUUAUAGCUGGAAAUUACUUCGGGGUUACAACAUGACAUCUAAUAAUAAAACUGUUUCCCGCCAAAAUUUCCGAGCGGGCAAAUGGGAGAUUUUAUAUAUAUCAUUAAUAUUCGUUCUCUUGCUUUAUUCUUUAGUGUUGUGGAAGCCCUUCUUCACAAUGCAUCCCCAAGACAGUACUGUGAAAUUACAAUCUGGAACUGCAGUUGUAGCUCUAAAAUGUGCUGCAGAAGGCUUCCCUCCUCCAGUUAUAAUCUGGUUAAGAAACAACUCGACAGUCGUCAACGACUCCGUGACCAGCAAUGGAAGUGUUUCUACUCUCAACCUUGUUUUACAUACUAUAAAGGAAGAGAAUCCUAAUUAUAUGUGUGUGGCAACAAAUGCAAUGGGAAGAACUUAUUCCAGCAAAGCAGCUUUGACGUUCGCAGAGAUACCCACUCCAAAGUCUCUAUCAACCCUAAAAGGUAGCAAGAUAAAAUAUGUUCCAAGCUUUCAAGAGGUUUUAAAGUCUGUUAUAUUUAACACAGUUUUGAUGAUAAACCGACUGCUUUCGUCUCAGCCGUUCACCCGGACGAUAAUACCCAACCUACUUAUGAAAUGACUCCUGGGUUCAAACCUUUCACAGUAGUAAACAGAUUAAGAAUUUAAUCCAUUGGUUGUUUCCACUACUACCCUGGUAUAUCGCUCUAGCAUGCAUCAAAUGAUAAGUGACCUUUACCUGAACUACACCAGUAUUCUGGAUUUUGUCAGAUUGAAAAAUCUUCCAUGAAAAUAUUUUUUGACACAUUUUCAUGGAGUUCAAAAAGAAGACUAAAAUGAUGGAAAUUUUAACUCAGCACCUCACAUGCGAACUCACCUAUGCAGAAAUAAAGAGAUAAGUCUAAAUCUGGUCCGACUCAAACGAAUAGAAAAAAGAAUAAAUAAAAAAAUGUGGAAUAAAGAACACCUCACUAGCCUUAAUAUUAAAUCAGCUAUAUGUGCUUUUAGCUUCCGGGGACGAUGGUAUGUCUCAACUACUCUGGCCAUCUAUCAUUGUCGGAAUUGUAGCUGUACUUGUUGUUGUCAUGAUCGUCAUCGUAUUGAAACAAAAAUGGUGGAUGAGGGCCAACAGCCAACGUAAUUUGGAGGUAUGUGAAAGAAACGAUUAUUCAUUUGUUUAUAUCUAUUGUUAAUAAUAACAAAUACGUACAAUGCACAAGACUGAAUGCUUGUGUCACUGACGCAGGACUCAGGGGCACGCAACGGGAAAUUUUGAGAAAAAGAACUAAAAACAACAACAAAGCAUGAAUAAAACUAGCCUCCCACGCAAACGUUCUUAGGGGUUCGUCACGCGUUCCUACGAACCCGUAAGAACGUCUGCGUGGGAGGCUACGUCUGACACAAGACGCGAACGUACAGUACACAUGCGUUAUUUUUUGGCGCGCCAUGGUAGAUUGCCGUUGCUACUGGCAACAUUCACAUGAAAACAAGGCAAGAACAGAGAUAAGACGUGAACUAUUUAUACGAACUGCUUUCGUCUUAGAUAAGACAUGCUCGUAUAAAUGCCACAGUUCGCGUCUUAUGUAAGACGCGUCCUAUUUUUCCUCGUAUAAAUGGCCCUUAAUACCUUGCUCUCAUUAUUGGACAUGAAAUAUGCUUCAUGAAAUAUGAAAUUUUUGCUUUUGGAAUCCGGAAUUGAAUCCGAGAAAUCUCUCCUGUGGAGUUCUGAUCCUAGCCUUUGGAAUCCAGAAUACAGCUUAAGUAAUGCCGAAUCCACAUUCCACUGACAAAAAAUGGGGAAUCCAGUACCUGGAAUCUGAGAUCGUGGAAUGCAGGAGCAAACUGUCUUAGCCUGGAUCCCCUUCCUUGGGCCGGCAAUAAAAUAGUUCAUGAAUUGGACUGAUUAUUAAUCGAGUCAAACUAUUUUAAGGAGGCAUAGAAUGUUUUCAUUUGAUUUAGAAAAAUAUGACAAAUGGAUAACAAUACAGAAAAAUAUAUUACUAGAUUUUAUUAUAUAAACACCAAUGAAUGCGCUCACUCGUGAAAUAUUUUUCAACACUUGAAGAGAAAUUUCGUAUCUCCGCGCGGCCAUGUAAUAUCCUCUAUGUCUUAGCCAAUAAGUCUUUUUUCUGUCUCAUAUAAGUUACCGAAAGAAAAAAAAGAUCUAACAGGGCCAUUUGAGGAUGGUCUCUUUCCAUGUUUACCUCUAAUACAUAGAUUUAGCGACGGACCAUAAGAAAAGCUACGCCCCUGCCAGAGCAGGACCCGAACCCGGGACCGUCGGGUUGCGAGUCCGACGCGCUGAACACUCAGCCACGCUGCCUCCUACAAAAAAUUACAACAAAUAAGCUUGAACCUAUGCAAAUCCAGAAAUUUAUACUUGAUUGAUUUUAAAACAAAAAGAGAGAAUUGUAAAUCAAAUUCCGUCGCAGUAAUAGUACAUACAUACAUAACAUACUUUAUUGUUACCUCCCCAAAGGGGCUUUUCAGGAACAAUGAUUAUAUUACAUUAUUUAUAAUUAACUGAUUACAACACUUAAUCUAAUACUAAUUACAAUGUUAGCUAAUUACUAAUUUUAAUGUUUUAAACUUAACUAAGAAGUAUUUACAAAAUUAUCUAAAAGCUGGCCCUUUAAGGAUCGUUUAAAAAAAUUCAACAGAUGGGCUUAACUUAAGAAAAGAUUCCAAAUUGUUCCAAAAUUUAACAGUCCUGUAAUAAAAGGUUCUCUGUCCGGAGGCAGUUCUGCAAAGAGGGAUGUUUAGCUUUUGGCUACUCCGAGUUGUUCGUUCGCUACCUUGCUCACCGGUAAUAAAUUGGGAUGUAAGAUAUUAAGGGGCUUGACCGGUCAUGUAUUUGAAGGCCAUAAUAGCUUGGCGAUAGUACAGUUGAUCCUUAACAGGCAACCAAGACAGGCCUUUUAAGCGGGGUGUUACAUGAUCAUAUUUUUUCGCACCCCUGACGAUUCGGCAAGCAAAGUUUUGAACGGCCUGCAAUUUUGAAACGUUCUUAUUUGUGGAAUUUGCCCAAACAUUCGAACAGUAGUACAUUUUGCUAAAGACUAAGGCAUGUAUAAAAAUUACGGUUAACAACGUAUUUUUGUCUAAGCAAUGUUUGACCCAGUUAGUUUGCGCUAGACGUGCGAUACAUUCCGACAGUGAGGUCGUUAUAUGGUUAUCAAAUGUUAAGUUCGGAUCAAAAAUCACGCCAAGAUCUCUCGCUGAUUGCACUGGGGAAAUGUCCUCUCCCAAAAAGACAAGUGAAAUUCAUGAAGCUUAGAGGUCAUCUGUCGGCUCCCGAAAACAAUUAAUUUUGUCUUGUCUGGAUUCAGUAGUAGCCGAUUUCCGAAGCGCCAGUUGCGCACCUGCAGGAGAUCUUCAUUCAUUUCUUGGACACUCCGUUGGGAGUCGUGUAAAGUAAAAGAAACAAACAGUUUUGCAUCGUCUACAUAACAUUCUGUAGAGCAAUGCCUUGGAACUUCUGGUAGAUCAUUUACGUAUAUGCUAAAUAAAAGGGGGCCUAGAAUACUGCCUUGAGGAACGCCACAUUUAACUGGAAGAGGAUCAGAAACGGAACUAUGAAUUCGUACAACUUGGUAUCUAUUUGUAAGGUAGCUGUUAAACCAUUUUAGCGCGCUGGUUGAGGCGCCAACACUUUGUAUUUUACGUAACAAUAUCUAGUGGUCAACGCUGUCGGAUAUGCUUUACUCAUAUCUAAAAGCACCUAGGCAGUCAAUUUCUUAUCAUCAAUUCCUUUGAGAAAUGCAUCAGUUGUAUGAAUUAAAGAUGUCUCAAUGGAGAACCAUUUUUUGUUCCCGCUUUGUUUUGUGGUAAGCCUUUCCUUAUUUGUCGAAUAGGUGACAAACUGAUUAUAAGCCACUCUCUCGCAAACCUUUGACAAUGCAGGUAGCAGGGAAAUCGGUCUUUUGUUGUUAGGAAGUUCGUGGUUGCCUUGUUUUGGAAUAGGUGUAAUUUCGGCAGUUUUCCAGACCUCUGGAAAUGUUGAAGCUAAAAAAGAGAAGCAUUGAUGAUUGACGUAAUAAAAGGGAGUGUGAUCAACAGGCUGUCAUUAAGGACUAGAGUUAGCACCUUAGAAGGCAUUUCAUAUAUGACAUCCGCGACUUGUUUACAAUCAGCAUAGUUAAAUGUAAAUUGCGCACUUCCAAUAGUCUUGGAAAAGAAUUCUUACCCAUACAUGUGCAUAAUUGACCCCCGUCACCCCUCCCCCAAAUACACUCCUUCGAGAAGCUAAAAGUUCGCCUUGAAAUUGUAUUAAGCAACAACAGAAUUGUCAGAUUCUAACCUUAGCCCAUAAUUUCAAUUAAAUUUAGCUGGUCAAGACGCAGCAAGAAUUUAUCGAGUUGAAAAUAAGAAAUGACCCAGAAUUCAUUAACCAGCUGCGAAUCAGUCAAUCUACUAGCACUAUCAGCACAGAUUCCACUCAGGAGAGCACGCUGUCUACCACGGAUGGUCAAGAAGAAGCCAUCGACAACGAAUUAUACUUACAAGACAUGGACACAGAAAAUCGAAACUGGGAAAUCCCUCGAAAUAGGCUAGUUAUAACAGAAGAAAAGCUUGGAGGAGGGGAGUUUGGUAUUGUAACCAAAGGAGUGUAUUUACGAACUGACGGAAAUCAGCUUCCCGUGGCUGUUAAAAGACUUAAAGGUUCGCUUUGUUAGUUUUUAUAAGUUUUGUUUACCAUUAAUAAGUUGAGGCAUAUGUUUUAGGUAUGUGCAGCUUAUGUAAGCGUUUUAUGUCCCGAUUUCAUAACUGGAACUUCAAAAUCAAGUUUGAUGUUAUCUGACAUUACCUUUUUUGUCUGAAAACGGGUACAUGCACUCCUUGUUCAUUCGAUACAGAAACCGUACACAACCUCGCUUUGACAAAGAGCUACCCUACGAGCCUCCCCUUGAUCGAGGGGCAGAAUAGGAGGCUCUGCCUGAGUCGUUUCAAGCCUUUCAAGUCGCCGCAGCCCGAACCUCUUGAACAGAUUAUCUUAUUUUCUCUGACUCGUGAAACUGUUUUCUCCGACGGAAGCAUCCGUUUGUGGAAAACCGAUGGUCAUAACUUAGCUCUCUGUGCCACGUGCACCGCUAUUAGGCUAAGGAUCGCAGCUCUAGCUGGAACGAGAACACUAUUAGGACUACUACUCAAUUCAGGCAGGGUCUUUCUCGAGUACGCAAAAAUUGAGCAAGCGAAAGAAUUGCUCUGUUGGUAUGCGAAGGGCGUCAGAGUGCUAGGAAUCAAGCUUUAAGUUUCCAAUUAUUUUUGAGGUGGUAAAUUCACUUUCAAUCAACCUCAGUUGUUUCUGUUUCAGUAUCCCACACUUUCAGCACCCCACUUUUUCUUUUUUUAAUUCUAAAACACUGCAAAUGACCUCUUUAUUCACUAUCAGGGAAAUUAGAAGACUGGUGUUGCCUUGUUUUGGUCCAAACACACCAGCUGAACUUGAGUCGGCUGUGUUCAUAUAUCAGUUAACAUAUAUUGGCUGCGAUUUUUUCUAUUUUUGUGUACAACCAUGGCCCUUCACACUAUGUUUGCUAUGUUAACUGCACGUUCCUUCCUUUUUUAGAAAAUGCUGAUCAGCAAGAUAGAAUAGCACUCAUUCGUGAAUUAUCAAUCCUCAUUCACGUUGGCCGACAUCCAAAUAUAGUGAGCUUGGUUGGAGCUUGUACAUUUGAAGGUAACGAAAGUCUGAGCGUAGUCGAAUCACCAUGAGCCACGCGAAUAAAAAUAUAUACUUGCGCGUCAAUUUUAUAAAACUUUCUUAGGGCGUUAGCUUGCUUCUUGGAGGAAUCCCAUUUCUUGAUCAUAAGCGUUGGAACAAUUGAAAACAACGAAUCUCAACAAGGGUGUAGACAGACAUUCCCUUAAGACAUACACACUUAUGAAUUGUAAUCGGGGCUGUGGCAAGGUACAGCUACAGGUGACGAAACUCUACUGGGGCAUCCUUUUACUUUGCAAAACGAGAGCUUUAGCAAAUGCUUGAAAAUUUGAAAGAUAAAAAAAUCUCUCGUCACCUUAGAACAUACGCUAGAACUAGGCACACAUCACUUGAUUAGACCUGAAACAGUUUCCGCUGAAACUACCUUUAAAUUUUAUUAUUGUUGUUAUUAUUAUUUUUAAUUAUUAUUAUUAUUAUUAUUAUUAUUAUUAUUACUAUUAUUAUUAUUAUUAUUAUUAUUAUUAUCAUUAUUAUCUUUUUUAUUAUUUAUUUUUGUUGUUGUUGUUGAAUAUAGGGCAUGCGUUGCAGUUAAUUCUCAUAUUUCAGAAAACUCUACAACACAAAACAGGGGGCCUUCAGAUCAAUGUAAUAUUACUCUUUAUUAUAUUAACGCCAAUGAAAUACCAGGAGAGCUUUCGCGCGAAAACUUGAUAUCUUCACAUGUGAAAAUAUCACCUUUGUUAUGGCUACAUAAUAAAUCGCACCUUUCACACCAAAAAACUAUUAAAGUGAAAUGGUUUGGUAUUUCAUUAGUGUUUAUAUAAUAAAUAGAACAUUACAUGGCCGCUUGGAGAUACGAAAUUUCGUAUCUCCGCGCGGCCAUGCAAUAUCCUCUAUGAAUUAUCUUAACACCCAGGCAUCCAUCCAUUUAAUAUAUACUUUCUAAACCAACUUUUAUAUCUCACUAUCUAGAGUAUUUACUUUCCAUCUUCUGAUUUAUCAAUACUUUUUUUUGUUGUUUGGCAGAGCCGCUUUGUGUUGUUGUUGAGCUGGUUUCUGGUGGAAGCCUUGAUAAAAUACUCCGCAGUAGUCAUGUUCAACCCGAGAGAGACCUUCCAACUUACUCAAACAUUUGGUCGCGGCUGACUGAGAGGGAACUUUUGAAGAUUGCGUUAGACGUUGCUAAUGGUAUGAAGCACUUGGAAAGUAAAAAGGUAAGACUGAAAUCAAUGUCUUGA